CAGGUUAGAGUUUUUCAGCUUAGAAGACUGAAGCUGCGCGGGGGAACGGUGACUUUAUGUGAGUUGGACAGUACAUCAAGGUAUACCGUUAGCUCAUCCCGCAAUGGAUAGUAAUGGCGUAGUGGUGUGCGAACCUGAUCCGUGAGCCACAAACUCACACAGAACUGACAGAGAAGAAUCCACUUUGUUCCCAGCUUUUAUUUCUUCCAAUGCGCUCGGAUACAUGUUAGGGAAGUGUAGUUCCAGGGUCUCUCCCUCCAGCUCUAGUUUACUAAUAAAAUCAAUAACCUAAAUUAACUAUUUUGAGCGGUCAGUGAGAAAAGCUCAAUCAAUGCAACUUUUACUUGAGGAUACCACUUGUUGUAUGGAGUGAAAUGUAAUCGUUAAAGUUGUCCUGGGUCACAACAAUAAAAGCAGGUACACGGAAAGUAGACGUGUCUACCUAAAACAUUGAUAACUCAAAUACCUGCUUCAAUAUGGUCCCAUUUACUGUUUACUGAACUCCCACCGUAUUUUUGAUUGCUAUAACCGAAAGAGGCUGGUACCCAAUUUUUAUUUUCUUUGACGUGGAGAGUGCGUGGCAGCUAAGCCAGAUAGAACACAUGAUCGCGCAAUGAGAACAGCUGAGAAAAAUAUGGGGCAGGGAAAAGACGUGUAUCAGUGGACUUGUAAGGAUGUGGGCUUGUGGCUUAAAGGAAACGGUUUUGAUGACUAUGUGGAUCUGUUCAGUAGUGAUCAUAAGGUCGACGGAAAAGCGCUUCUUGUCCUCAACGAAGAUGACUUGAGAAAUCCUCCGCUAGAGUUGAACAUUCUUGGCGAUAUAAAGCGCCUAUGGCUUGCGAUAAGUACUCUUCAGCAAAGAAACAACCGGCUGACUUCCUUAGCAUUGCCCACUGGAUCCAAUGGAUACGUUAAACGAAACAAGGUUGAUCAGGUUGAUAGCUUGGGCAGGUUUAGGACUAGUUCAAGUGAACGGCGGCCUCGGGAUUUCGAAGAUUCUGAUGACGAGAGAAACGAUUACGUUCAUCCCCUUUCGAACAUUUCGGAAACAGGGAGAACCCUGAUUAGUUUGGUGUACGCGUUUUCAGUAUUUUUUGUUACGUCGUUCAUCAUGGUGUUCGUUCACGACCGUGUUCCAGAUAUGAAGAAGUAUCCACCUCUGCCCGAUAUUGUCUUAGACAAUGUUCCUCUUAUCCCAUGGGCCUUUAAAAUGUGCGAGGUUACGGCGCUUAUUUUAGCUGCCGUUUUAUCCACGGUCGUGUUCUUACACAAGCACAGAGUAAUUAUUUUACGGCGAAUGGCCGCUUUGUGUGGUACAGUGUUUCUACUUCGCUGUGUUACAAUGUUCGUCACUUCACUCAGUGUUCCUGGAAUUCAUUUGGAAUGCUCGGGAAAGUUGUAUGGUGACACCUGGACAAAGAUAAGCAGAGCAUUUGAGAUCUUCUUUGGAUUUGGCCUGUCUGUGAAUGGCGUGCGAACCUGUGGUGACUACAUGUUUAGUGGCCAUACAGUCUCCAUCACCCUGUUAAAUUUCUUUGUCACUGAAUACACACCUUCUUAUAUGUACUACCUACACACUUGCUGCUGGGUCCUGAACAUUUUUGGAAUCUUCUUCAUUCUGGCUGCGCAUGAACACUACUCCAUUGAUGUGGUAAUUGCUUUCUACAUUUCUUCCCGUCUGUUCCUUUAUUACCACACCCUAGCUAACACCCGAGCACUGAAGCAGAUUGACAGCAAGAGGACACGUGUGUGGUUUCCAUUGUUUUGGUUUUUUGAAGAAAAGGUUUCUGGCAAGGUGCCAAAUGAAUAUGAAUGGCCUCUUAAAUGGCCAAGCUUUCUUUGCCAGAAAUCUAAGUCUCAAUCAAUUCCCUCAGAGCCCUGCUGUUUUAAAAGAGACUAACUUUAAGCUACAGCUAGCCAGGGCUACAACUCUGAUAAACACUGUUUCAGGACACUGGCAAAAUUGAUGCUUAUACACGUAAUAUAUAAUUUAUUGUGAUAAAGAUAAAUCAGCAUAUUGGGAGAAUGGUUGAGAAUUUUGGGAUGAUGUAGACUACAGAAAUUUUUUGUACUGCUUGAACGAUGUUUAUUAGAAUAUUGUAAGUGCCCUUUUUAUCUUCAAUGAAUUGACCUCUACAUAUGGUAGUACUGUAUCUUGCAGAUUUUGUGAUACAUGAACAUUAUGCACUGAAAUCUGCACUUGUUGAAAGAGACAAUGUUUUGCUAGAUUGGAACUGAUUUAUUUCAAAUGAAAUUUUCAACUCUUUGAUUAAGUUAGGCCAUCACACUUUUUUAUGUACACUUCAUUAUUGUUUUGAAGCAAAUGAUAGUUUUGGCUUAAUAUUCUAACAUAUUCCAAGGAUUAAUAUUCUUAAUCAUGACUGAUACUUUAGCUUUGUCUGAAUGUAACAUUUAUUCUUACAAGUAGCAUAUGAAGUGUUUUCAGUGAAGUGCUUUAAGGAGUCUAACAUGUGUGUAAGUCUUAGGGUGAGCAAAACCGCACUAGUCAUCCAUGACUCACAGCCUUGGUUUGGCAAUCAUAUGAGUCCAUUUGACCGAUCUAGUAACAGGAACCAAAAACAACAAAUGCAAAUUCCUUUUAUUUUGCAUGCAUGAAAAUCUUGAAAUGUUUAGUGUGAUUUUUGUGUAAGAUCAGACCACAACAUCUCUUCAAAGAAACAAAUUCUAAUUCUUGAAUAAAUAGAAACAAUAGUAAACUAAACUUGCAAUAAAGUACAUUGUAGACUUUUUUUUUCAUGGAUUUUUGUCAUAAAUAAGGGGCAGAUUUACUUAUUUAUCAAACAUUAUAUUAUAAUUUAUUGGGCAGAUAAUUUAUCAUUGAUCACAGAAAGAUUUGUAUUUACACUUAUACUUAUCACAAAAUGUAUUGGUACACUAGUAAUAAUAAUAAUAAUAAUAAUAAUAAUAAUAAUAAUAAUAAUAAUAAUAAUAAUAAUAAUAAUGAUAAUAAAAUUGGACUGUUGCCAUAGAAAAAGGUAACACUUGAUACCUGCUAUGUAAAUACAUGUAUUGCUCCAGAAAAUACCCAUACUUCCCUCACAGGUCCUCACAGGGGGGACUUUUGGUGUGAACCCCUCACCCCUCUGGAAAUUCCAGUUCAAUCUCAUGCUUUUCUUUAAAAGCCCUGCUAGACCUCCUCUGCUGCAGAAUUUCCUAUGACUCUUAGUUAGGUGUAUGGAUAUUUUCUGGAACAACACAAUAGCCAAUAUCAGAUCAUUUUGUAUCAUAUUUAUCUUUGAAUUUUUUGGAAUUUAGUUGAAAUAAUACUCCCAGGAGUUAUGCUUGUGUGAUCGAUUUUGAAAGAAAGUGAAAAGUACCUAAGAAAAGCUUUUGUUACAGACGAAGGUGUGGGUUUCUGUUACGACAUCUUACUUAAGCAGAAAUAGUAGCAAAAUGAUUUUGUCAAUGAAAUUUUUACCCAGCUAUUUUUGUGGCAGUAGAAUGAUAUAGAGGCUACAUUGCAAAUUAUUGAAAAUUUACGGUUUUGCAGGAAAUUAUAGUAUUUAUAAUAUGUACUAAUAUAUUUUAUAAAGAUCAAUCAGUAUUGUAUGGUGAAGUAAAUUAUUAAUUGCUAUCUCACGUCUAGUUCCCAAGCCGUUGUCAAACGCUUAUUGAAGUCAAAGGCAUGCGGUGAAAAAUAAAAGAGAAACGACAAGGAAAAA